UGAUGCUCUGACGUUAUACCUUUGACCCUGACCUACGUGAGUUGCAUUUCGUCAAAUGCAAUGGUCACUCGGUCACACAAAUUCCAAAAAACAUCCAAUGUUAACCAUCAAAAUUAAUUCAAUGAUUUCCUUAUUAGGAACUUUUAAGUUUCCAGUAAAUACAGAGCGCGAGUAUUGACGCACCCUGCUAUCUUACAAUCAAUUUGAAGACGAAAAAUAUUUUUGAACAAAACUUUCCAUAUUAGUUUUGCAAUUACACUCUGCAUGAUAUGAUAAAAGGAGAAAAAUCUACAUGUCAAGAAAUUAAGGAACUCUACAAUAUAGAUUUUAUCGUAUUACAAAUGAUAGAAUCUGUCAUCUGAGAGAACUAAUGGAAAUCAUUUGUGCUUUCCAAAUAAAUUAUUGUCCUUCUCUUUUAUCGAUAUCGACUUGUAGUACAAACAUAUCUAAAGUUGAUAGAGAAUUGUCAUUUUUCAUAGUAACAAUUUUAAACGUCCUAAUCAACUGAGAAUGAUGGCUGUCUCUAUAAGUGAGAUCUGUGAGAAUACAAAACUAGCAAGAGAGAUGGCAUUAAUGGGUAACUAUGACACGUCUGGGGUAUAUUAUCAGGGUGUUAUCCAGCAAAUCCAUCGACUCCUGACUACGAUAGGUGAUGCGACACGCAAAGGAAAAUGGCAGGUUGUGCAGCACCAGAUUGCACAAGAGUUUGAAAAAGUUAAGGCAACUUCAAACACUCUGCAGCUUUUCAAAAUCGAUACACAUGGGGAGCGAUUAGUCGGGUCAUCUUGUUUAUCCACAUUUGAAGAACCAACACGAGAUCCAACUUCAUGGACUUUUGGAGAGCUUCGUGAGCCAACUGUAUGGCCGCCUGCACCGCCCAGAGAUCCUGAUGUCUGGCCUCCUUUGAGUCCGGCUGAACAGAAAAACGCACGCCCUCAGAAGAAUCAGAAACAGUCUGUACGCUCCAAUGUUCGAAAAUCUUCUGUCGCUCCUGGGAAAAAACAAGAAUUGAGAGCUAACUCUAAGAAAGAUGAUAGAAAGGCUCCUAAAAAAGAUGACACAGUCAAAGAUAAAAGUGAAACUGAAAAAAAAGAAGUUGAAGUGGAAGACCGCAAAUUUGAACCAUCAGGCAAUGAUAGGGAUCUCGUAGACAUGCUCGAAAGAGAUAUUGUGCAAAAGAAUCCCAAUAUUCAUUGGGAUGACAUCGCAGAUUUGUCUGAAGCAAAACGAUUGCUUGAAGAAGCCGUUGUAUUGCCCAUGUGGAUGCCAGAUUUCUUUAAGGGAAUAAGGAGACCUUGGAAGGGUGUAUUGAUGGUCGGCCCGCCAGGUACAGGAAAAACCAUGCUUGCCAAAGCUGUUGCCACCGAAUGUGGAACCACUUUUUUUAAUGUAUCUUCAUCAACACUGACAUCUAAAUAUAGAGGGGAGUCGGAGAAAUUAGUGCGAUUACUGUUUGAAAUGGCUAGAUUUUAUGCUCCAAGUACCAUAUUCAUUGAUGAAAUUGACUCUUUGUGUUCGAGAAGGGGCUCAGAAUCAGAGCAUGAGGCUUCUCGGCGAGUUAAAUCCGAACUCCUUGUCCAAAUGGAUGGAGUAAACUCCAACAGCGAUGAUCCCAGUAAAGUUGUCAUGGUUCUUGCUGCAACAAACUUUCCGUGGGAUAUAGAUGAAGCACUACGACGAAGAUUGGAAAAGCGUAUAUACAUACCACUACCUAACAACGAAGGUAGAGAAGCCUUAUUGAAAAUUAAUCUCCGUGAAGUCAAGAUAGACCCCGAAGUAAAUCUCACUGACAUAGCGGAAAAACUCGAGGGCUAUUCGGGAGCUGAUAUCACUAAUGUUUGCAGAGAUGCGUCGAUGAUGUCGAUGCGUAGAAAGAUCGCUGGUCUGAGAGCAGAUCAAAUUCGACAGCUACCAAAAGAAGAGCUAGAUUUGCCUGUAUCUGUAUUAGAUUUUGAAGAGGCUGUUGAAAAAUGUAACAAGAGUGUCUCGCAAGAGGAUCUAGAGAAGUAUGAGAAGUGGAUGAGCGAAUUCGGAUCAUCUUGAUAAUUCUUAUUCAAUCAAAGAAUACGAAAAUUAGACAGCCCGUGUAAGCACUAAUGAGUAUUAACAAAGUAAUAUUUUUUACUUAAACUGCUUUUAUGUUUGAUCGUUCAAAUUUCACAACUGAAAUAGAUUAUCAUUGAACAAAUUUCACUGUAAACCAUCAGUUAUUAACUAGCAGUUAAUCACGCAACAUCUUCUGUCAAAUUUCAGAACAUCUCUGGCAUUGCAAUACGUUGGAUUUACAGCAAUUUAAAACUGUUUCAAAGUGAACACUUUUGUUUUUUGGCACAGCUCUUUAGUUCAUAAUGAUGCAUGAGUUAGGACCGAAAUUCCGAGAGAAUUAGGUGAAUUGUAUGAUAUUGAACGAAGAAAAGCCAUUUAUAUCUGUUUUUAGUGUUAGAUUAUUUUUGCCAAAUGGUAUACGUUGUAAUAAAGUAUUGCACUUAAGAAUACAUAAUUCUACAAAUCUCCAUUGACCAUAACAAUUUCGGUGACUAAUCAACUUAAUCAACUAAUAAACGUCAAAUACGAGUUGUUCUUGGACCAUUUUUAACGCACACAUGUGCGUGUGUAUCAGUCAUAGGUGAUAAUAAACCAAAAAAGUGAUACCAGAA